GACAACAUUAUAUCAACUCCUGCUGUAAGUGGAACAAUAUUGCCUGGGGUUACAAGGAAAAGUAUCAUCGAAGUUGCUCGAGGUGCAGGUUUUCAGGUUGAGGAACGGCCUAUUUCCGUAGAAGAAUUGCUUGAUGCUGACGAAGUUUUCUGCACGGGAACAGCUGUGGUUGUAUCACCUGUGGGAAGUAUAACGUACCUUGAGAAUAGAACUGAAUAUCAAAACGAAGGAGUUGGAAAUGUGUCUCAACAGCUCUACUCGGCGCUCACAAGCCUGCAAAUGGGUCUAACAGAGGACAACAUGGGUUGGACCGUCGCCCUAGAGUAGGCACCACCCCUAAAAUUUUUAUUGGGGGCAUUUACAUAUAUGCUACUCAAUUCUCAUAUAUUUUUAUAUCCAA